CCUGAAACCAAAAUGAGACAGAAAAUAUUCUAGGAAAAUUGAAUUGUUGAGUAUGAUAUUUUAUCAAUAAUGUGAUUUUAAUAAAUAUUACCUCUUUCAUUCUUCAUUCUAAUUGAAAAAUGACAGAUAAACUUUCAACAUAUAAAACACCGAUUUCUAUAUAUUGCCGAAUAAAACCUCAAAUUGAAGACAGUCUGCAAGAAAUUCAAGAUUAUGAAAUUAACAGAGGAUCUGUAAAGGACAUUUUGGUCGUCGCUAGUCAACAAAAUACUGCUAUAGCUGUUACUCACAAACCUGAAUCUUAUUACUUUCAUUUCUCAAGAGUGUUUGAUCAAGACUCCAGCCAAGAACUGAUCUAUAAUUCUGUGGCAAAACCAGUUGUACACAGUACUCUAAAAGGCUACAAUGGAACUAUUUUUGCAUAUGGACAGACAGGAAGUGGAAAAACUUUCACUAUCUCCGGAGAUAAGGACAACCAAGGUAUCGUCCCUCGGGCACUACAGGACAUUUUCACUCACAUCAGCACUAUUGAAAAUGAAAAGUUUGAAGUCCAGAUGUCUUAUUUAGAGAUCUACAAUGAAAACAGUAAUGAUCUUCUUAUGCCAAACUUCGAUGAGAAGAAGAAGAUCUGCUUGCGAGAGAACUGCGAUAAAGUGAUGGAGUGGCAUAACUUAAGUGUACGUCAUGUGGCAACGUUCUCAGAAGCCAUGGAAUGGGUAGCUAUUGGUGACAAUCACAGGAUAGUGUGUGACACACCCAUGAAUGUGUUUUCCUCACGUUCACACACCAUCCUCACCAUCUACUUGACGUCUCAUAUAGAGGACAGCUUGGAAGUGCGCAAAGCUAAACUCAAUCUUGUUGACUUGGCUGGAUCUGAACGUGUCCACAAGACAGGAGAAGAGGGAAUUGUCCUAGAGGAGGCCAGACACAUCAAUCUGUCUCUGCACUAUCUUGAGCAGGUGAUUGUUGCUCUGUCUGAAAGCAAUCGCACCCACGUGCCAUACCGAAACUGUACCAUGACAUCUGCCCUCCGUGAUUCUCUGGGUGGUAACUGCAUGACCGUCAUGAUCGCAAACAUUGCCAUCAACAAGGCUAACUUUGAGGAGACAGUGUCGACAUGCCGGUUUGCGCAGAGAGUGGCUCUGGUGCGCAAUGAGGUCUCAGUCAAUACAGAGAAAGAUCUGAAAGGGGAGAACAGUCACCUGAGAGACGAGAUUCAACAACUCAGGAUCCAGUGUCUCUCACUACAAGCCAAGGUUCAGGAGCUGGAACAGAAGAGUGCAUGUGAAGAAUGGCUAGCUUCGGUGCAUUCAGGAGAAGUGGCAAACCUGCGUGAGAACAUAAAACCAACACCUUCUCACACCGGAGGACUCAGCGUCCAACAACUGCAGACUGACAUCAUACAUCUGAUAGAGUGGUUUCAAGAUGAGUUGAAACAUAAGAACGGGAAUUUGCCAUCUCUCAGCUGUGACACUGUCCUCUCCAGUUACAGCACAGUUGAACCAGAUGAAGGUUUUGAACAUUUUGUAACCACUGUGGAGGCAGAGGAUGACUGGAACAAGGCUAAGGAGGCAGAACAGAAUGCUGCUGAUGCUCUCAUGACCAAUGUAAAACUCAUCAACUCUGUACACGAUGAGAUGUUGCACUGGUGGAAACAUAAUGAAAAGUCUUUGGUAAGGGAGUUGCUGUCAGGAAGAACUCUGAACAUCCUUGGGUCUGAAUCUCUUACUGACCUCAGUCUACCAGAAUCUGAUACCUCAGUCAGCUGUGUCUCCUUGAAUGACCUGCUUGCCAAACACUCUGACCUACUUAAGGAUUUUCAGCUGCUAAAAUCUAGACUUCAGUCUUCUAAGCGAAGUCUUCAACGGAUUAAACGCAAAUACAUGGUUGAAUACAAUAACUGGAAGAAGGAUGAGAAAUCUUCAGAAUUUCUAUUUGAAAUUCUUGAUGAUGGCGGCAACGAUGAUUCUCUGAAGGGAUCAGAAGACAAUAAUAAGUUAAAAUACAGUAAUAAGACUGAAUGUAAAAUUAGUGAGGUGGAAAAUACAAGCUCAAAUCUAAAUUAUGAGAAAGGUAUUUCAAAUUACAAAAAUAACAUCUUGAAAGAUGUAAUGUACAAUAAUUCUAUGUUGGGUGACUUGAACAGUACGUUUGGUGACAUCAAUGACAGCGUGUUCUCAACAUCGACUCUACUUUCUGAUACAAGAGAAGAUCUCACAAAGUCAUACUCUCCUCGCUUGGUUCGCUCUGUCCCUGAUUCUUUGGGUUCUGCCUCCAGUCAGUUUCGCAGCCGAUAUACUUGUACGGAGCGGUGGGAACCACAACAGUGGGGACGGCCACUCAGUCGUGGGGACUGCCUGUCUUCCACCACUCCGUUCCAUCUUACCGGGGACCAGGAUAUUGAUGAUGAGAUUAUUGCUUUUUAUAAAAAUAAACGUAUAACUGACUGACCUA